AGACUGGACCUCCUGAAGACGUAUAAAAUAAACACAGUCACCAUCACCAACAGAAACGAUUGUUGCCACGACAGGAUCAAUGGUGCUGAGAUUCGCAUUGGAAACUCUCUCAAUGACAAUGGCAACACUAACCCAAGAUGUGCUGUGAUCUCAUCUGUCUCCGCUGGCACCUCCAAAACCUUUGUGUGCAAUCAAAUGAAAGGUCGUUACAUAAACAUUGUGAUUCCUGGAAGACAAGAAUACCUGACUCUUUGCGAGGUGGAAGUGAUGGGAAUAGACUCAAAUGAUUACACUGACAAUGACUGCAACUGAGUCUGAAACAAUUCCUAAUAGUCAUUUACUUUUGUCUACUUAAUUAAAAAAAACAAAUUAUAAAUGAUUCUGCUUUUGUUCCUUCAAUAAAAUGUCUGUUCUUAUGGUCAGUAAUGUUGUUUAUCUGGCAUUAGCUUAUGACAUUAUAAGAUCAAUUUCUGCAGAAGAAAUUGCUUGCAGUACUAGGAAUUUAACAUGCAUAGAAUACUCAAAGAUUUACUCAGGUAAAAGUCCUGUUAAUUGUGAAAAAUUGGAAAGGAAGGGUUCUUGAAUUUCCCUCGGGAUCAAUAAAGUAUCUAUCUAUCUAUCUAUCUACAUUUGUGCGGACUUUCUGGUUAUUGUAACUAUUCUUUUAUUCCACUGUUUCACCAGAAUGUAACCAAUCAGUUUUGUUUCACAUGUAUGAAUUAAGGGAUAAUGCACAAUGAGCUGUUAUCAGGAAUUAAUAAACAAUGUUUAUUCAAAUUUAAUUAUCUAUCUAUCUAUCUAUCUAUCUAUGUAUAUCUGUGUAUAUAUAUGUAUGUAUAGUACCAGUCAAAUGUUUUGACAAACCUUUUUUAUUGUUUUAUUAUGAAAAAACAAAUAUGGAAUUAUACAGUGUCAAAGAACCCAGAAUAUGUUUUAUAUUUUUGAUUCUUGAAACUAGCCU